AUGAACAUCCCGAAGGAGCACGGCUCGGCUGGCGGAGCCGUAGACGUGACGAUACAACUGGGCAGCGACAGAAAAAUGAAGGUCGUCAAGAAGGUCGUGAAGGAGAGCGUGAAGGAGGGCGUGAAGGACACCGCGAAGGAUACCACUAAACAAGCAGGAGCUCACUGCGAACCGAGCAGAGAAAAAGCGACGGACGAAUCCCUCGAGGAAGGAAUGAAAAUCUACCUGGCGUACUUCCAAAGAAAAAUGGCAAAAUUUAGAGACACUAACAUUUAUGAAGUAUACACCUUAGAACAAGUUGAAGAAAAAAUGAAAGAAGUUGUGGCGGACGUUGUGAGCCUCACCAACCUUCACCCUGACCAUGCAUACCGUUUUUUAAAUUCCUACCACUUUAACUCGAAUGAUUUGAUAGAAGCAUGGAUGAGGAACCCAAGGGAAGUGCUCGCGAAGGCACACAUGUCUCACCUCAGGGAGGGAGACCUCAUGGAGGAAGACCUCUGUGCGGAAGAUGCGAGUGGUGAAGACGCUCCUCCAGUGGUAGUGCCCCCCACGGACGUAGGCAAACCAACCAAGGAACCCCCCUCUGAAAAACAAACGAUUGAGAUGGAGAAAGACGCCAAAUUUACGUGCCCAAUUUUGCUCAACCAGUACGACGUAGAAGACACACACGCACUCAAAUGCGGCCAUCGCUACUCGAAGGAAUGCUGGAAAGGGUACCUCCAAACAGCCAUAGACAACGACUUUGACGAAGACGUAAUUAAUAAAAAGUGCAUGGAACCGACAUGCCAAGAACUCAUCAUGAGGGAAGACUGGAAAAGCAUCUCCACCCCAGACAGUAACCUCCUUGCACAGUACCAACAUAUCAUGGUAAAUAUAUUCAUAAAGAAAAACCCAAGCUUAAAAAAAUGCCCCUAUGAUAAGUGCCCCUACGUUAUAGAAUCUGUCAUGCUACCAGACAACGGAAUCAUUUGUAGAUGCGGACACAACUUUUGCUUCAACUGCUCGGAGGAAUUCCACAGACCUGUUACCUGCGCUGUUAUUAAAGAAUGGAAGGAGCUGCUCACCAAGGGGGAACACAACAUCAAAUGGAUUCGCUCCAACACGAAGCAGUGCCCCAGCUGUGCCAAGUCGAUUGAGAAAACGUCUGGCUGCAUGAAUGUGAAGUGCGUCUGCGGGUUCAGCUUCUGCUGGAUGUGCCUGCAGCCCUGGGCGCACCACAAGGGGGGCUUCUACCGCUGCAAUCAGUACGUCUCGCGGAGGGGGGAGGUGAAAGGGGGGCCAGCUGAAUCACCAGCUGAAUCACCAGCUGAAGCACAAGGUGACUCAAAAAGUGAUACCCCAAACGACGUGCUGGGAGACACCCCUAACUUGCCGGGCGACACCCCUAACCUGCCGGGCGACACCCCUAACCUGCCGGGCGACACCCCCAACGAGGCGCGCCCCCUCACACCGCAGCACCGCAAAAGCGCGCACGAAGCGCUGCACAAAUUCAGCCACUUCAAAACCAGAUUCGACGCCCACCAGCACGGAGAAGAAUUCUCCAUCAAAACGCAGCUCCUUUUCCUUUCCCACUUUUGCGCAUCGAACAGCAUCGAGCCAACGCAUCGCAUAUAUCACUUCCAAAACUCCAUCAUACAAACCAUCCGGUGCAGAAAGAUCCUCAAGUGGUCCUACGCCUUCGCCUACUUUGCCACGUGGGAUGACCAAAAUAAGAGGUACCUCUUCGAGUACCACCAAGGACAGCUGGAAAAAAAUUUAGACAUUUUACAGAAAAAAACGGAGAGUGUAAAUUUGGCUCAUUUUCUGACCUCCAAUUUGGAUGUCAAAGUUGUUCGCGAGGUGGAGGAGCUGACCAAGACGGUGGACGUGUUUUUUAAAAACGUCUGCGACUUUAUGGAGAGCGCCUUUGGCCCCUGUGCUGGGAAGCAGCGGUAG